AUGUCGCGCGACGCACGACCAGGUGACUUUUUCUUCUGUAUCCCUAUCAUUUUCGGUUGCCCGAACAAGAUCAAGCAGGAGGGUGAUGGCACCCCAUACGUCUGCCCUCGUUGCCACAAUGCCCAGGUUGUGGAGGCAAAGAGCCGUACUUGGUUCGAGCUUUGCUGGAUUCCAUUGAUUCCGUUCUCCUCUAAACACAUUUGGCUCUGUGGUAUUUGUCAAUGGCAAAUGCCGCGUGGUGGUGGUUAUCAACCACAGCCAGCUGGUAUGAUGAAACAGUGA